AUGGCAGAACAUCUAGCUACAAAUGCCGUGGCAACGGUGGAGGCGCGCAUGAUGGACUUAGGGCUGACCCUGGCCCCAACAAAAACACAGAUUGUGGUCUUUCGACCAAAAGGCCAGCGAAGGGAGCCUGCAAAAGUGUUAGUUGGCAAGACCUGGAUUACUUCAGAGCCCACAAUAAAGUACCUAGGAUUAGCUGCCCAAGUAAUCACCGGCCAUGGCGGUUUCAACGCCUUCUUGUACGGUAUAAAAAAAGCUGAGUAUCCUUACUGCGACCACUGUGGGAGCGAUGAGGACUCGGCUCAACAUACCCUUGCUGCAUGUCCAGCAUGGGUGCGGGAACGAUUGGCCCUCGUUAGCGUGAUCGGACCGGACUUGUCCUUGGCCUCGAUCAUCGAGCGGUCUGUUAAUGAUCAGAAGAGUUGGCUUGCCUUCCUCGCGUUUUGCGAGGCGGUGAUGUUGACUAAAGAAGAAGCGGAGAGAAUCUGCCAAGGCCAGAGACGAUAG